ACUUUGUAUUCAAGACAGCAGACACUUGUCUGUGGCAUUGACUUCAUGAUUAAAUUAAUUUCGCUUUUUGCAGCUAAUUUCCCUACUUGGCGAAUAUUGCUUCACAUUGCCUUUCAAGAAGAAAUUACGCUUUCAGAAAACAUACUAUGCCAUCUGCUAGACCCAAUUUUAAAAAUUCCAGACUUUAUUGCAGAAGUCUCGUUUCUUCGGCAAUUAAGACAAAAUCAGUGUGUUACCAUCUUCAGUUGAUCCGCAUGAACAAACUGUAACAAGAUAUUUGCAUAAAAGUGCAAACUUUGAUUCAUUAUAUAAACGUUGGAAAGAAAAUGGAUGCAAAAGAAAUAUCGUUAAAAUUUCCCGCUGAAGGGAUUGAACGUGUUAAACGCAACCGAAGUUUAUUCCUUUCAGCCGAAAGCAGACUCAAAGCAUCACAGUUUAAGCCAAGGAAAUCAGAUGUAUUCAUUGUUACUUUUCAAAAAUGUGGCACAACGUGGAUGCAACAAAUUGUACAUCAGCUGAAAACAGGAGGAGAUAUGAGUUUCGAUGAAAUUUCAGAUGUUGUGCCAUGGAUUGAAUUGGCUUAUGAUUUACAAUGUGACCUUCAUCGUGAACAGAUUUUCCCCCGAUGCUACAAGACCCAUUUUAAAUACAAUGACUGUCCUAAGGGGUCCAAGUGCAUCGUGAUUUACCGAGAGCCACGUUGUGUUUUGUACAGCUAUUACAACUUCUUACAAGGAUGGAUGAUUCAACCUCCUGGUAACGUCACAAUCGAGGAUUUCAUUCACGAAAUAUGUUUCCCAGCUAACUCCACGGCGAAUUACUUCGAGCAUUUCAUGACUUGGUGGGAGCAUCGAAAUGAUGAAAACGUCCUGUUUCUAUUUUAUGAAGAAAUGAAGGAAGAUUUGGAGAAAACAGUUCGUGCUGUGGCCAAGUUCAUGGGGACGUAUGACGAAAAGAAUAUCAAAACAGCAGUUAACAUGAGCACAUUUGAGUUCAUGAAGGAAAAUGCCACAAAGUUCAAUGGAAACUUCUUACGCAAUCAUCGCAACUUGUCUGCAUGCUCAUAUUAUGACGGCAUGAAAACAUCAGAUAGAGUCGUAACAGGAUCAACUACGAAGGCUCUACGAUUUCUUCCGAAGCAACUGCAAGAUGAUGUUUGCAAAAAAUGGAAAGAAACGAUUGGAAACGUUGCAGGCUAUGAUAACUACAACGAUCUCAGAAUUGACUUCAGAAGAAAUAAUCCCUUGAUAAUCGGUUGAACUGGUUUACACUUUGUCUUUUUUGUUUGCUCAGUCAACUAGAAUAUUUGAUGUAAGAUGGUUGUAUUGUUCUGUUAGCACAUUUGAAUUUUGCUUCCACAAACCUCACAAAUUUUUUGAAGGUUCGAUCUCCAUCUCAGGAAAUUUCACUGAUUCUGUUUUCCUACAAAACACAAAGUCCCGUGUUUAGUUUCAACAAUGUAAUAUUUCCUCCAUAACUUAACUGGUCAUUCAUGAACUGUUUUUGGUUUGGCUUGAAUAAUCGUAUCGAGAUGUGGAAUCAAUUAAAAAAAUAGGACUUGAUAUUUAUCUCUUAUUGACUGAGACCGAGGGAAACAGUGUGGUUUGUUUAGGUUAAUGCAGUCAAUAAGUGUUUUGUUUUAUACCAAUUUUUAAAGAGAAAACUGACAACAACUCAACUCGAAUAAACGAAUUACCCAAAAGAAUAUAUAGAUAAAAUAGAAAAAAAAGUACUUAUUAUUUCACUCUUGAGCUACUCGCUAGGGAAACCGCUUAAUUUCUUUACUCUCGCGUGACACACUCUCGACCAAAGAGACAGUAGGAAAAAUGAACUUUUAAAAUUGUUCUAGAACCUUUGAAUAGAACAAACUAUCUUAUUUAUAGGCAAUUAAUUAUCUGAAAAAAGAGACUGAAUGGCAAAGGUUCAAUGUUCGAAAAUAUAUGUUAGCCUUAAAA